AUGCAGAAUUUGGUAUCGAAUAUAAAAGGUAAAUUGGUUGGUAAUACAACCGAAACAAGUCCUAAUGAAAAAUUAUCACCAACUUCAACGGAAUCAUACGGUUUUCGUCAAGUACAUAUACCUGAAGCUAAAAUAGGCUUAGGUUCAACAGAAGCUGAUUUGAUUUAUAUGGUAAAAAAAUAUCUUGAAAUUGUUGGACUUAUCGUUAUUGUUUGGGUAGUUGGUUAUUUACGAUUUAGUGUUUCAUGGAUUUUACUUAUUGUAUUUAUAUAUUUAUUUCGUCAACGUCAACGAGCACUAUCUAAAGAAAGACAUAAAAUGAUUAGUGAAAUAAAUGAUAGUGAAGAACGAUAUAUAAAAGCUCGUUUAGAUGAAUUACCAUCAUGGGUUUUUUUUCCUGAUGUUGAACGAGCUGAAUGGUUAAAUCGAAUAAUAAAACAAGCAUGGCCAUAUGCAAAUAAAUAUCUUGAUAAAGCUAUUUUUCAUGAUGUUAUGAUUCCAAUGAUUCGUAGUACUUCACCAGCUUUAUCAGAUUUUUCAUUUGAUAGACUUGAUCUUGGUGAAAUUCCACCAAGAAUUGGUGGUGUAAAAGUUUAUACAGAUAAUGUUCGAGAUCAAAUAAUGAUGGAUAUUGAAGUUUUUUAUGCUGGUGAUGCACGUAUUAAAGCUAAUGUAAAAGGUAUUGUAUGUGGAAUUAAAGAUAUACAAUUUGUUGGUGAUAUACGAAUUAUAUUAAGUCCAUUAAUUAAUACAAUACCAAUAGUUGGUGCUGUUACUUAUUUUUUUCUUCGAAAACCAAGUAUUGAUUUUAAAUUAACAGAUGCUGGAACAUUAGUUGAUAUACCUGGUCUUAAUGAUUUAAUGCUUGUUCAAAUAAAUGAUAUUGUUGCAUCAAUGAUGGUUUUACCUAAUCGACAAGUUUUUCCUUUAGUUUCAGAUUUACAAAUUGGACAUUUACGAUGGUCAAAUCCUGAAGGUGUUGUUCGAGUUAUUGUUAUAAAAGCAAAAGAUCUUGUUAAAGCUGAUAUACAAAUUCUUGGUCAAGGAAAAAGUGAUCCAUUUGUUAAAGUUAAAGCUCAAGGUAAUGUGGAAUAUAAAACAAAAACAAUUAAUAAUACAACAACACCACAAUGGAAUGAAGUAUUUGAAUUUGUUGUUGAACAAUCUGAAAGUGAUGCAGUGGAAUUUGAAGUAUAUGAUGAAGAUCCUGGUAAAGAUGAUUUUCUUGGAAGGGCUCAAUAUCCAAUAAAUACAUUAGUUGGUAAAGAAGCUGUUGAUACUUGGUUAACAUUACAAGAUGUGAAAAAAGGUUCAAUAAAUGUUUGCCUUCAAUAUUUUUCAUUAACUACACAAAAAUCUGCUAUUGAUAUUAUGGAAAAAGUUAAUAGUCAAAAGAUUAAACAAGAAAAAUUAUCUAAAGCACUUCUUAUUGUUUUUAUUGAUCGAUGUACUAAUCUUCCUAGUUCAAAAAAAACUCGUCGAGAACCAAAUCCAUUUUGUCGAAUUAAAGUUGAUUCAAUUGAACGUAAAACUCAAACAUUUGAAAAUCAAACAAAUCCAUUAUUUGAACAUAUAUCACAAAUAUUAUGUUCAAAUCCUUUACAACAACAAUUAACUAUUGAAGUAUGUGAUGCACGUUCAAAUAAUGAUAUAAUUGGUAUUUUUCAAUUACCUAUUAAACAAAUAUAUGAUACAGAUACAAUGAUUAUUGAUUCACAAGCAUUUCCAUUAAAAGGUGUAUCUGAACCUUUAGAUAAUGUUUCAAUUAUUCUUCGUUUAACUCUUAAUAUUUUAUGUCCUGGACGUUCAAGUCCAUUAUCAGAAAUAUCAUCAAUAAAUAGUGAUAGUUCAGUUGAUAAUUUCACCAAAGAUUCAUUAAAUCAAGCAUCACCUACAGAUGUUUCUUCAAAUCCUCUUCAUCAACUUACUUCAUCUGUUCCACUUACACAAUCAAGAAAAAGUUCACCAAGUGACAAUAAAACUCUUUUAAUUUCUGAUGAUCCUGAUCUUAAUUCAACACCAUAUGGCAUGAUAAAACUUGGUAUUAAUUAUGCUAUUAAUAGAAAAUCUUUAUCUGUAACUGUAUAUGCAUGCAAAAAUCUUAUUAAUGUUCAUCGUGAAAAUUUACCAGAUCCAUAUGUACGUGUUUAUUUAAUGCCUGAUUUUAAGAAAGAUAAAAAGAAAACAAAAUCUGUUCAUGAUACACUCAAUCCAACUUAUGAUGACUUAUUUGAAUGGGCAGCAUCAUUAGCCGAUAUACGUCGACAACAUCUUUUUAUAAGUCUUAAAAAUAAUUCACCUUUAUUUAAACAAGAAGAAACAUAUAUGGGAGAAAUUGAAAUUAAUUUAUCAAAUCUUGAUCCAGAAAAAACUAGUAUAGCUUGGUAUGCUUUACAAGAACCAAAUACAAGUGCUAGUGGAAUAAUGAAAAUAAAAUAUGAUACAAGUGACUCUAAAACACAAUUUUAA